AUGGAGUACAUGGGAAGCAAUAUAACAUACAACAAAGACAUAUACAGUGAGUUUAAGUACUACUGUGAACAGCAUGAGAUUGAAGUAAUGAGUAAAGGAGACUUUGAAACGCUUAUGAAAGACAGUAAGGAGGUCGUUCAUGAGAACAGUGUUGAAAUAGUUCAUGAGAACAGUGAGGAGGUCAUACAUGAAUGCAAUGAUGAAAUAGUUCACGAUGUCGUUCGUGAAGAAGCCAUUGCAACAAAGAAUGUUAUAAAGGAUUUCAUAGAACUUAACAAGGAGGAGUUUAAAGAAGGCUAUGAGGUGAAAAGAUGUGAAGAAGAUUUCUUGGCGUAUUUGAAGAAAAAGAGACUAAAGCCAAUGGCUCAAAAUAAGUUUCAAUCGAUGUUUGAAAAGAAACGUUUGAGCUAUGGUGGUGUAAGAAGCACAUAUUACUUUGUUAAGAAGUGA